GGGGUACCAAGAAUUCUGUGAACCGGACACGUGGUUUGGAGUUUGGGGGUUUUAAAGCUCAAAAGACUUGGGAGGUUUGCAGGCCUUAGAGGAAUACCUAAGGAUGAAGCUGAAUCUUACCAAGGUAGUUAAUGGCUGCCGUCUAGGAAAAAUACAAAAUCUGGGCAAGACAGGAGACCACACCAUGGACAUUCCAGGCUGCCUUCUAUACACCAAGACAGGCUCUGCCCCUCAUCUCACCCAUCACACUCUGCAUGAUAUCCAUGGGGUUCCUGCCAUGGCCCAGCUUACACUCUCAUCCCUAGCAGAGCAUCAUGAGGUCUUGGCAGAAUAUAAGAAAGGAGUUGGAAACUUUAUAGGCAUGCCGGAAAUGCUUGUAUACUGCUCCCUGCAUGAUCCAGUUAGCCCCUGCCCAGCUGGUUAUGUCACAAAUAAGUCUGCAUCUGUAUGGGGUGGUGGAGGAAGAGUAGAAAUGACAGUUUCCAAGUUCAUGGCAAUUCAGCAGGCCCUUCAGCCAGACUGGUUCCAGUGCCUCUCAGAUGGAGAGGCAUCUUGUGAGGAAGGAACUUCCAUAAAAAGAGCCAGAAAGUCCGUAGACCGAUCACUUCUGUUUCUGGACAGCUGUCUGCGGAUACAAGAAGAGUCAAAGGUCCUUCAGAAAAGUAUGAUCAUUGGAGUGAUUGAAGGUGGAGAUGUGAUGGAGGAGCGGCUGAGGUCGGCAAGAGAGACAGCCAAGCGGCCUGUCGGUGGCUUCCUCCUGGACGGCUUCCAAGGGAAUCCGGCAACCCUGGAGACCAGGUUGCAGUUGCUGUCAUCAGUCACUGCAGAGCUGCCAGAGGACAAACCAAGGCUCAUUUGUGGUGUCAGCCGGCCAGAGGAAGUGCUUGAGUGUGUUGAAAGAGGCGUGGAUGUAUUUGAGAGUUUUUUUCCCUAUCUAGUGACAGAGCGGGGAUGUGCUUUGACAUUCAACUUUGAUUACCAGCCGAAUCCUGAAGAGACAUUACUACAACAAAAUGGAAUACAAGAAGAAGUAAAAUGCGAGGAUCAAAUAAAGAAAAUUAAAACAACUGAUUGUAACCAAAAUGUGACAUCAUUUGAAAUUAAUCUGAAGGAAAAAAAGUACAAGGAUGACUUUAGGCCCCUGGUGAGCAAGUGUUCCUGUUACUGCUGCAAGAAUCACACUCGUGCAUACAUCCACCACCUGCUGGUGACCAACGAGCUGCUGGCCGGGGUCCUGCUUAUGAUGCACAACUUCGAACACUACUUUGGAUUCUUUUACUCCAUCCGGGAAGCACUAAAAAGUGACAAAUUGGCACAGCUAAAAGAGCUCAUUCGAAGGCAAACAUCUUGAGAACCGGCAGAGACAAAUCUGACUCUGCAUUGAGCAUGUACCGUGAUUCUAACGUGGGAAGAAGUGAAAAAGAAAUGAUCUUUAUUUUUUUGUUGAUUUGAUUUUUUUUUUU